CUGGGGUAGCCUUCCUUUUCUACCUCCGGCCAUCUUGGGUUUGCCUCGGCGCCGCCGCUGCUCGUCUCCGAGCGGAGUUUGACCCUACGUUGCCGGUCCUUCUCCUCCUCCUCCCGCUCACUUACACCGUCCCUCGGGCUCCGCAAGCACAGGCAAGCGGGCGGCUAGGCAGACGAAGAUGGUGGCGGCCAAGAAGACGAAAAAGUCUUUGGAGUCCAUCAACUCCAGGCUCCAGCUGGUUAUGAAAAGUGGCAAAUAUGUGCUGGGCUACAAACAGACUUUGAAAAUGAUUCGUCAAGGCAAAGCCAAGCUAGUUAUCCUUGCCAACAAUUGUCCAGCAUUGAGGAAGUCGGAGAUUGAGUAUUAUGCUAUGUUAGCCAAGACUGGAGUGCACCAUUACAGUGGCAAUAACAUUGAACUAGGUACAGCUUGUGGUAAAUACUACAGAGUGUGUACACUGGCAAUCAUUGAUCCUGGUGAUUCUGACAUCAUCAGGAGCAUGCCAGAACAAAUCAGUGAGAAGUAAACUUUGCUUCAACUCUGAAAUGUUUUACAAAUAAAGUUAUUCUGUUAAAAA